UAAAGUAACUUUAUUCGACUGUGUACUGUGUAAGAAGUAACUGCUUUAUCAAAUCUAAAAAUCAUGAUUAAUACGUCUAAAUUUUCCCAAUGCCUUAUAAUUUUUUUAGUGUAUAAUAUCAUGAUCAUUUUUACAGUAUCAUGCGAUGAUACUGAUAAAGUUGAUACAGAAAAUAAAACCGUUCCGGAUUUUGACGUAAUCACUGAAGCAAAUAAUGGUGACUAUUUCAAUUAUUAUUUUAGAAGUUGCAAGUACGUGGGUCAACUAAAAGUUCUUCCUAAAACUUUUUUCAAAUCAGUUCAUAAUUGCGAUUACAUAAUAUUGCCAGAAUUAGAUGAAGUUAAUGAUUAUGAAGCAUAUAAGAAAAAAAUGAAAAAAACAAAUAAAAUUUUUAAAGCAGUAUUUGAUAGAUACAAUAAGGACCACAAGAACAUAAAAGAACAAGAAGAUCAUUUCGUUCAACAAAUUGAUAAGUCUUAUGAAGCCACGAAAAAUGCAUAUGAUAAAGUAAUAAACUAUGAAACAUAUUCUAUAACGGAACAAGAUAAAGAAAAUGCAAUAAGCAAUUACCUAGUAAAUCAAAUGCCUGAAAUGUCAGAGAAAACCUUUCCAAAUGCGAACGGGAACGAACGUAACAGAUACACAUAUAAAAAUUUUGAAGUUUACGCCGAUCCAACAGAUGAGGUCUAUUACCGUUCUAAUAUUUUGCAAGAAGAAUAUUAUGCUGUUACGGAUCGUGAUUAUAUAAAAACCUGUGACGUUAUACUAACCAAAGAAGAAUAUGAUGAAGUAUUAUUUUUGUACGCAUUCUUAAAUAGCAACAUAUGUGUUCAAUCUGAAUUUACAAAUGUGAAAAUUGAUUUAUUUCUUCAUUUGCGUAAGUACAUUUUUACGAUUGAAUAUGAAUUAUAA